UCCUGAGCUGAGCAUCCCAGAAAUCCGGCUUUCUGAACGGGAAGAGGCAGGGAGAGACCAAACGCACCCCAGAGAAAAAGUGAAAGUAGAACCAGACGAAGUCUUCAAGGCAGAGACGGUCGCUACCUCGGCCAGCGCAGAUUUUGAGGUCCGCAGUGGGGGUUCUUCCCAGACAUCCACAGUGCACCGAGUUCAAGCGGGCACCACUUGGAAGACGCCCCCCUCAGUUCGCUGAGCCACUAGCCGCGCCUCGCGGAACUCUGACCUCCAAAGAGGCUCCGCUUGGCGAUCCCGCCCCGUCGCCUCAUAUUCGCGCCUUUGAUUGGUUCCUAGAAUGGAUCCCUCAGCGUGGCUCACCCAAUGGAGGCCCCGGCCGGUAGCCCAGCCGCUCCGCCCCUUCCCUACCCCUCGCGGAGGGCCCGCCCCCUGCCCCGCACCGGGGAGCGGAGGAGAGUAAAUACAACAGGAGCGCAAAAUGGCGGAGCCCCCGAGCCCAGUGCGCGGCGCCGCCGCUGCCGCCGCCGCCUCGGAGAAAGAACCGUUCGUCAAGCUGCAGCCUUCCUCCCGAGACGUGCCUGGUUCUCUGUCCGCUAAGAAGGUUAGGACUGAGGAGAAGAAGACGCCACGGAGAGUGAACGGAGAAGGAGGCAGCGGCGGGAACAGCAGGCAGCUGCAGCCGCCGGCAGCACCUUCGCCUCAGAGCUAUGGCAGCCCUGCGUCUUGGAGCUUCUCUGCUCUGUCGGCUGCCCCCUCCCCGUGCUCUUCUCGGAGCAGUUUCUCUUUCUCCGUUGGCACAGCCGUUCCCUCGUCAGCCUCCGCUUCCUUGUCUCAGCCAGUGCCGCGCAAACUGCUGGUCCCUCCUACGCUGCUGCACGCUCAGCCUCACCAUCUCCUGCUGCCGGCCGCCGCUUCCUCGGCCAACGCCAAGACGCGCAGACCGAAGGAGAAGCGGGAGAAGGAGAAGAGGAGGCAUGGCCUCGGUGAGGCCAGCGGGGCUGUCCGGGAGGAGAACGGCGAGGUGAAGCAGCCGGCGCGAGAUAAAAUCAAAGACAAAAUUAAAGAAAGAGACAAAGAAAAAGAGAGAGAAAAAAAGAAACAUAAAGUAAUGAAUGAGAUCAAGAAAGAGAAUGGAGAAGUAAAAAUUUUGCUAAAAAGUGGGAAGGAGAAACCAAAAACAAAUGUAGAAGACUUACAAAUUAAAAAGGUAAAGAAGAAAAAGAAAAAGAAACACAAAGAGAAUGAAAAACGGAAGCGUCCAAAAAUGUAUAGCAAAUCUAUUCAGACCAUCUGCUCAGGAUUGUUAUCUGAUGUUGAAGAUCAAGAAGCCAAAGGCAUCCUAAGUGAUAACAUAAAGGAUUACAUUGGAAAGAAUUUGGAUACCAAGCACUAUGAUUCCAAAAUUCCAGAGAACAGUGAGUUUCCAUUUGUCUCGUUAAAGGAGCCACGAGUUCAGAAUAACCUCAAAAGGUUGGACACUUUGGAAUUCAAGCAGCUCAUUCAUAUUGAGCACCAACCUAAUGGAGGUGCAUCGGUUAUCCAUGCCUACAGUAAUGAACUCUCCCACCUGUCUCCUAUGGAGAUGGAGAGGUUUGCAGAAGAGUUUGUGGGUCUAGUGUUCAGUGAAAAUGAAAACUCUGCAGCUUUCUAUGUAAUGGGUAUUGUUCAUGGGGCAGCUACUUAUUUACCUGACUUUUUAGACUAUUUUUCAUUUAAUUUUCCCAAUUCACCAGUGAAAAUGGAGAUAUUGGGAAAGAAAGAUAUAGAGACAACAACUAUGUCCAAUUUUCAUGCUCAGGUAAAAAGAACGUAUUCUCAUGGUACUUACAGAGCUGGCCCAAUGCGACAAAUAAGCUUGGUGGGAGCAGUUGAUGAAGAAGUGGGAGAUUACUUUCCUGAGUUCCUUGACAUGUUGGAAAAUUCACCAUUCUUAAAAUGUACAUUGCCAUGGGGGACACUAUCUAGUCUAAAAUUAGAGAGUCGAAAAGAUAGUGAUGAUGGCCCCAUCAUGUGGGUACGUCCAGGAGAACAAAUGAUCCCUGUGGCUGAUAUGCCAAAGUCACCUUUCAAAAGGAAAAGAACUACCAAUGAAAUAAAAAACCUUCAGUACCUACCUCGAACCAGUGAGCCCCGUGAGAUGCUCUUUGAAGACAGGACAAGAGCUCAUGCGGAUCAUAUAGGACAAGGUUUUGAACGACAGACUACAGCUGCUGUUGGAGUGCUGAAGGCUGUACACUGUGGAGAGUGGCCUGAUCAACCCCGAAUAACCAAAGAUGUAAUUUGUUUUCAUGCUGAGGAUUUCUUAGAAGUAGUUCAACGAAUGCAGUUAGAUUUACAUGAACCUCCACUGUCCCAGUGUGUCCAGUGGGUUGAUGAUGCAAAACUUAAUCAACUGAGGAGAGAAGGCAUUCGCUAUGCCAGGAUUCAGCUAUAUGAUAAUGACAUUUAUUUUAUUCCAAGGAAUGUUGUCCAUCAGUUCAAGACAGUUUCAGCUGUAUGCAGUUUAGCGUGGCAUGUUAGGCUCAAAUUAUAUCACUCAGAGGAGGACACUUCCCAGAAUACAGCUACUCAUGAAACAGGCACAUCACUAGAUUCCACAUCAUCGGUUCUUGGACUUCACACUGACAACAUGAUUUGUGCUGUAAGAAAAUCCUCCUUGGAUUCUGUUUUUUCAGACAAACUUCAUUCUAAAUAUGAAUUACAGCAGAUUAAAUAUGAACCUACUGCAUCUGUAAGAAUCAAGGAAGAACCUGUGAAUGUUAAUAUUCCUGAAAAGACUAGAGCACCGAAUAAUACGGAUGGCAAGAAUGUGAAAACAAAAUUGGAUCAUGUUCAAUUUACAGAAUUUAAGAUUCAUAUGGAUUCUAAAUUUGAAAAUAGCAACAAAGAUUUAAGGGAAGAAUUGUGCCCUGGGAGUCUCAUAAGUCUAGUUGAUUCAAGGCAACAUAGUUCAGCACAUCCAAAUCAAGAUAGAAAAGAUGAUGACAUUUUGUGCUAAAUUUGUACAUAACAUUUAAAAUUCUUUUUUUAAAAAAAUUUAAUAAUGUAAUAAAGAUUCAUGAAUUCUGAAAGCAAGCCAAGGACUUGCUCCCAAGUCUGUUACAAAAUAUAGUUUAUGUAGCUUUGUAACAUUCCUCAGUGCCUGUCCAUAACUGUGAAGUAUCAAGCACUUAGGGCCAGAUGCACUGUAAACAUUGCAGGUUUGAACUUAAAGGAGUCUUUAAAAAAUCAUUUGAGUUGGAAUUAUAGGUUUUAGAAUAGAGCUGACAUUAACAUAUAUAUAUAUAUAUAUUUUUUGUAAUAUGAGCCAGAAUUCUUUUUUGACAAUUUAAGGCUUUUCCAUAGAGCUUAUUUAUACCAAUUUUUUUUCAUUUUAAACGUGUCAGCACUGUAGUGUAAAUAGCUUUUAAAAAAUCUUUUUAGUGUGAUUUAUACUGAAAUGUGAACCACUUAAUAAAGGUUCAUAAUAAUAAAUAUGUUUUCUGUUGGAUCUGAAAAGACAAACUGACAAUUCAUUUAAAUCAUUUGUUUAAUAUAUUCUCUCUGCUGGUAUAUCCAUUUAGAGUGGUAAUGGAGUGCAAAUAUAUGUAUCCAAAUCUCAUAAAUAUUUAAAUUCCCCACACUGUGCAGGCAUUUUUAAAAACCAAGAUUCAGUUAAGAAAGCUUAGAUAUGUAUGUGUGUAUGUAUGGGAAUGUAUAUAUGUAUAUCAUAUUUUGCAUAAUUUUCUUAAAUUGCCGAAUAAGAUGAAUAUGUGAAACUUCUUAGCCCUGCUCCCUGGAAUACAUUUAAAAUUAUUUAUGUCCAACAUUAAGAAAGCAGUUUAGGUAAUAGAAACAGUUUUAGAAAGUUGGGUUAAACAGUAUGUUAAUAUCUAACACUUCUAACUCAUGAAGUUACAUGGCCAGAUUACAUAGGCCUAACAAAUUUUCUUUGUGUAUGGAAUAAAAAAUUCAGAAAAUUUUCUUACUAAUAAGGAUUUGUACUAUACUUACUACUAGUGGCUGAGUAAAAAGUCUUUGGUUACAGAAAAUUUUAUCGUGACCAAUUAAAAUUCUCUUUUACAUUUUUCUUGCAGAAUGGGAGAAAAUAUGGCAAAUAACAAAAUCAUAAAAUAAGGGCAAUGACAGUGACUCCACUGCCAUAUUCAGAUAUAACUAACAGAACACUAUGUGGUACCUCAUCUUUCUCAGGAUCCCUCUUCCUACCCUAGCAAGGCAAAUAACUUGGAGUACUUCCUUUUCAAAAGAAGCUGUUGAAAGUAAAUUGUGGUAGGAGACAGGAUUGCCAGUGCCUAACUAAAGAUGAGUAAAACAAAUCUCUUUAAUGAUGGACUUCAGCUGCUUCCAUUAUUAUAAUUAAAAAUCAAACAAAAAUCUUUAUGUGUUGAUAGAAGGAAUUCUGCUUAUUGCAAAUCUAUUUCAUUUUGUUUUUGGCAUGUUCUUGGCCCAUACUUUGGCUGAUGACUUUCAACUGUGGUUCUUUAUGCUGCCUUUGGGCUGCUGUUACUAUUUCCAUUUUAGUUGUUUCUGUUCUGGCCCCAUUUGUGGUACCCAUCAAAACUGCUUUUGUUUCUGCUUAGGGAAAAGCCAUUUCACCAGAACAAAUAAAAAUUAUUACAGUAAUGAUGGCAGUUCUGACCCCUAGUUUAAUAAAAGGGAAGGCAGAUAUCAUAGGAAAUCUUGAUGGUUUGUAGGAAAUCAAUGUUUGCAACAUAGGAAGUUUUAUGGGAUAGGGAAAGUAUAAAUCAUGGUAGUGUAAAUAGGGGUUUUUGUUUUAUAUGUCACUAUCUUAUCCUGCUCUCACCUAUUUAAUCUUAUGUUUUAAGCUAAAUUUACGGAUUUGCACCUACGUUUUUGGGAGACAAAAGUUCUUAACAAACUGUAUUAAGAAAGAGGAAUGUGGUAAAAAUGUUUUUCUGGUUUUUCUUUUUUAAUUGAUGGGUGAUACAUUUAACAAGAUGUGUUUUAUUUCCAGAUUUCUAGUAGCAUAUACAUAGAUGUAUACUGUAAGAAAAUGUCAUUAAGGGUAUCCCUCCAAAAUAUAUGAGCCUUAAACUUUUUAUCUUAAAGGAAGGCAUUUCUAAAACAACCAUAGUGGUUGCUUUUAGGUAUAGUUUCCUAUAUAACUCUUAGUCAAACUUACCCAUGAUUUGAAUAUUUAAUUGUUUUAUAAAACGCAUACAUCUCUGUGGAGGUGUAGUUUAAAUCAUUGGGCUCAAGAUUUCAAGAUACAACCUUGUUAUCGCCUUCAUUAAUGUCUAUGUUCUUUGUCUUACGGGUUAUAAUUUUAAAAUCCUCUUCAGAUGCACUCUGAGUUGUUGACUACCUUUGUUACACACAAAAAUUUUCUAUUUUAAUAUUGCAUUAUAUUAAUGGUUUUCUAGUUAGUACAUUCCAGUUCUUUAUCUGAGUACAAGUUUUUUGUUUUUAUUUCCAGUCUCUUGGACCAGAACAAUAAAGCACUUAAAGUAUUUUCUAUAUGGUCAUAUACUAUAUAGAAUAAAUAAUUGUUAUAAAAUUAUUAAAUGGAUAUAUAGACCUUUACACAAAACCUAAGGUACCUCAGUGGUGUCUGCUACAGUGCUUCUCCCCUCCUCAAUUUUGUUUAUACCCUUUUAGCUAUCUAAGAAAUAUAUAUUCCACACUCAGGUUAGCUGGUUAACUAGCGAAAGAAUUAAGCAUUUAUGAUAUUUAGUUGCAAACUUUACUGAAGCCAUAUAGAUUAUCUUCUUUGUCAACAAGGCUGUUGACCUUAAAGAAAGAUUAGGUUGAUCUAGCACAACACUGUGUGUGUGUGCAUGUCAUGUGUGUGUUUUUGUGUGUAAGAUUGUUGGCAAUAUUAUGUUUGUUUCCACGGGUGUAUUCAUUUUUAAUCCAUUUUGUAGCUUUUUGGGGGGCGUUACAUUGUGGAGGGUGGGGAAGAUUUUAUUUUUUAGGUUAAGUCUUUAAGGUAUUUCAUUAGUGUUCCUGAGUGUAAAACAGUUUUUUCUCAAAUACUAUGGCAGGCAAGAACAUUUUUGUAAAUAAUAAAUUAGCACUGUUUUGGUAAAUUUGCAUUCAUUUAUUUUUUGGACAAGUUCAUUGUCAUUGUAUAGCAAAUAUCUCAAAAUUCAUCUUACAUUUAGCAAAGGUGCAAGAUUUGUUUUUGCAGUUUGAGAGGUAUUUUCCUUGUCUUCCAUCUUUCAAUAAAUACUAAAAUGAUAACCA